UGCUUGGUAACGGCAAAACUGUUUCAAGAUGGCUGCUCUCGAAGCGUUUUAAUGCAAAAACAAAUAAACAACGAUAUAUUGACAUAAAUUAAAAAGUGAUAAACAUUAAACAUAAGUGAAAACACCCACACAAGAAAAAGGUGACAGCAUGGCUACUACAAUUGCCCCUGAGGGUGUGCCAGUGGAAGUGGUAAACGCCCGUAGAACUGAGUCUAUUGAUGCUCCACACAUCCAGGCUCUUGCUGAUCAAUCUACAGACGCACUGUUCGGUCGAGUGAAUGUAGUCAAUGUCAUAGAAAGAGCAGUCUUGGCAAUCACUCUUUGCAACGAUAAAGAUGAGAUCCUUGGCCACGCUGCAUUCUUUGACUACCCAAACAUUGACAAUGUGGAUCAGGCGGAAUGGCAGCCCUGGAUGAACAAGUUUUACGACACUGAGAAGUGCUCUCCCCUGAAUACUCUAUUUGUGCAUUACUUUGUGGCCAAGAAGGAUUAUGCCCAUGGCUGUGCCAGGGAAAUCGUGAGGACGGCCUUCAAUGCUGUUCCUGAUGUUCAUUUCUUGUAUCUUGGUGUGCCCAUUGGCUCAUAUCCUGAUGCCUACUUGGCUGAUAUCUUCAAGCCAAUGUCUGUGAUUGGUGACAAGUCCCCGUCUCAGUGCGCCAUGUUUGUGUGCCACCGACAUAAUCAUGUGCCAGUGAUACACGUCAGACAGGCGAGAGUGGAAGACCAUGAUGACUUAACGCCAAUAUUCAAUCGUCAGAGCGACAUGUUGAAGAUGACGUAUGGGGACUACUUCCUCGCGGAGUUGAUUGAGGCACAAGAUGAUCACAUGCACUGUCUGGUGACUGAGGUGGGUGGUACAGCCUACGGGUUUAUGAGCAUCAGUGAAGACAUCAACUAUGACCUGCUGAAUGUGUGCUUUGAACUGGGGCCCUUCCAUGGUCUGAGGGUACCCAGCCCUGAGGAUGACACCUUGGCCCCUAAAACACCCACACCAUCAACGCCCCCAGAGGAGGAGCAUGCCCCUUCCCGAGCUUCCAUGAAGUCAAACGUCAGUGGGCGCGGGGACACGGGUGUGGAUAUGACCAAAGUGGCGGACUCUAUGGCUGGGUCCACGGUCAAGUCCGAGGGGAGGCAGGAUGGUAGCAGGGAGUCCAGUACCAGAUCCUCUAGAGCUGGGAGCGAUGCCAGCGAGGUGAAGGUGAAAGGCAAGCUCAGUGAGGCCAACAUGGUGGGAAGCACCAGCUCCCUCGUUAGCCAGGGGGAGGAGAAUGGAGAGGCCACAUCCUCUCACAAAUCUACACCAAUGGUAAUGGAUGCAGGAAAAUCCCUGCGACCUCCAAAUCUGUCUGGAUCACGAAGGUUCCUGCCCACAUACAAAGGAAAAGCGAAUGCAUUCAGCAUCCAGCUGUUCUGUAUCGAUGAAAGAUAUGAAAUGAGAUCAUCAGAUUUUCUUGCAAAUGCAUUCGAGCAUUUCUCUGACCGUGAGUUCUGCAUCAUCUCUGUACCACACCUGGUGCCAGAGUUCCCUCUGAUACAGAACUUUGUGAGGGUCACACCACGCUGUCCAAGCACCCUGUCCCAAGAGCUGUAUGUCUUCAACCGGAAUGGUCUACUCAAAGACUUCUGUGUGCGUCCUGCAGAGGUGAGGGACUUGGCGGGUGUAGAGAAACUGACGAGCAGCAUCACCAUGCAUGAGAACCUUAUCAAGGAUUUCAACCAGUACAUAAAGGCCAAACGAGACGAUGAUGGCACAGAGAUCCAAGCGUUCGUGGCUGAGAGUCAGAAGCAGGUGGUUGCCGUGGCAAUCAUACGUGUGGAAGAGGACAUUGAGUACAUACGUUCCCACUACAACAUAGAAGACUUUAUCUACUACAACCACCACAAGAGGUCUGAACAUGGCCGACUGCACCACUUUGCCAUCAACCCCAUGUUCUCUCAUCUCUCCAAACACUGCCUAAAGGAGGUGCUGAGAAUAGGUCACAAGACCUGUCUGUAUUAUCCACUGUAUCCAUCAUACACAGACAAAGAGAUAGUGCAAAACUUCUCACUGGUGAGCUGCAUGAAGGAGAUGGUUCCCGUGCGACACCGCCGCCAGAUUGUGUACCCGACCAGUGAGCUUGGAAUCAACGCUCCCUCCGACCGCAUCCUGGCUCAACGAGCGCCAUACGCCCUGCAUCACAUCAACAGGAAACUCAGCUUGGAGACAAAGAUGACCAUUAACGCCCGCAUUGUAGUGGUUGGGGCCUCUGAUGUUGGCAUUGGUUUCCUGGAAGCACUGGCGUACUGUCCACAUCUUCAGUUCAACAACCUGACAUUGAUAUCGCCCCACGGGCUUCCUGGGGAGUUGGACCCGGAUGAAACACGAGAACAUAUGACGGCUACAAGCCACUGUUACAGCCACGAGGAGUAUGCCAAGGUUGCACUCAAUGCCUGGGUCAACGUUGUCUAUGGCAAAAUGACCGCAAUCGAUCGCAAGAAAAAAAUCGUUAAAAUAUCUGACAACACACAGGUACCAUAUGAUCACCUUAUUCUUUGUACUGGGCAGCAGUACCAGGUUCCAAUGCCAGCGCCAGGGGAUUUUGAAAGUGCUGUUGCAAAGGCUGAUAGAAGGUUCACAGGAAUCAAGCCAAAGAACUUGUUAACUGUUAAUGAUGCUUACGAUGCUGCUGUAGCUCUGUACUGGAUUGAAAACAACCUUGUGAAAAAAGAUAAUAGGCGUGUGAUUGUGUAUGGAUCCACACUUUGUGGGUACACCUGUGUGCAGACGCUUCUCAACAUGGGAGUGGCAGGCAAGAACAUUAACAUGGUGCAGCCUUCCCCACAAUACGAGACAUCGUGUUUCAAUGACCCUAUUGUUGAGGAAGCCAUGAUGCGAGCUCUUCAGGAGAGCGGUGUCCAGUUGCAUUCUGGGUACAUCCUGUCUGCUUGGAAUGAUGGAGAAGACACUUGUACUGAGAUAAAGUCUGCAAGCUUCAUGUCAGCUGAUAAGCCUUUGAAACUUGAUUGCCAUGCAUUCUUCGCUUACUAUCGCCAUGGAGUCGAUUAUGAUGCCUUCAAAGCGAUUAAUGAUGCGUGUCUGGUUUAUGACGGAAAGCUGGUCAUAGAUGCCUACUUUCACACCAAUGACGUAUGCAUCAGGGGUGCUGGACCAAUCACCAAGUUCCAGAGGAAGUACCACGCUGAGAAGUGGUCCCAUGCGAAUUUUAACUCCAAGGAAGUGGGAAUUCAUUUGGCCACAGAGAUGCUGCGCCUAUUUGACCCUACUUUGGACCAGCAGUCCGGUCCUCAGGAGGAGCAGUUGAACCUGAUACCCAUCUACCGGAACCCCAAAAUACAGGGGGCCCUGCUGCCAGGUAAUUUCCGCUACUUGAAUGUCAAGAAACCUGGACUGGAUAAACCCCUGGUGGAGCAGAGGGCACAGGUAGACUAUGGGCAGGAGCUGGUGACGGGGUCCCCCAAAGGAGAUCUCGAGUACUUCCGUCUCCAUGUCAACCAGUAUCACACUGUGGAAACCAUCACAUGCCUUUCUAAACAGGACUUUCCGACUAGUAACCUGAUAUGCCUGUUUGGUCUCCAUGAAAGAUGCAUGAACAAUAUCACCUCACGGUUAAAAGAAGGACUUAUCAAGGACUUAUACAAAUACUUCAAUGAGACAUGGGCCCUAGCACUCUACCACGACAGGUUUGCAGACUUCAGAGAGGAAUUGCGAGAGCUGCUCAUAACCCGGCCGAUGGAUGGUUCUGAGUCCCUUGAAGAGAAAGUGCGCACCUUGGUGGAUCCAGAGAUGCCGCUGAGUGAGAAGCAGCGUGGGGAGCUGGAGCAGCUGUACGGAGAGACGGGCGCCAAGAGGGCGGUGGAGGCUCGCCUACUCAACUUCCUGUCCUACAAUUACUACCAUCUGCCCAUGUACGCUAAGCCAGGAAUGGUGUAGGGGAGACCUGCGGGAGUGGAAAGAUUUUGGUUGGAAGUUUUUCCUGAUAAAAAUAUUCUACGAAGACAGAUCUAUUUCUGAUAUUGUUAUUAUAUAUUAUGAAAUGAACAUAUUCUCAGAAUCGGUCUUUUUUUUACAAAUUUGAACACAUGAACAUGGUUGGAAUAUUUGUUGAUAAGUGUACUACUGUAUUUGUGAAAUUGUUAUAUCCUAUGUUAUUAUUCUAUUUUCAGAAUCUUUUUCUGUGAUUUUUGUUAUUAACAUUAAAAUGUUUGGAAUAUUUUGUGAUAUGUUCUUGUGAAAUCUGUGAUAUAUUAGGUAAACAUAUUUGGAAGAUUUUGCUAUGAAUUCAUUCAAGGUGGACAAUAUUUACAGUGUUUUAGAUACUGGUGUUACUUAUUAAAAUAAGAUGUUUUCCGUUACUUUGAUUUUAUUACAUGCAUUGCAUUGAAUAUCAUUUUAUCAGAAACCAACAUGAACAUUUUGAUCAGUUGUUAUUUAGUUUGAUGGUGGUGUAGCAUUUUCUCUUUCUUGAAUGUAUCUGGUUUGCAACUGAACAAAAAAUCAACAUUGCAUUACUGGUACAUCACUUUGUACAAUUGUUUUGUGUGUUCUGAUUUUUGACACAACUAUCACUGCUUAUUUUUAAGGUGGUAUGAUACAAAUUUAUAAUUUUAUUACAAAAUUCUUACUUGCUGAGUGCGCUAUUCUUGUUCAUAUGGACUAAUGACUGGAUUCAUGCAUACAUAGGGACAUAUAUUGUAAAAGUUACUACAAUGAUUGUAAGUAAUACUUGAAAAGUGAAUGCCUAAACAAUUGACUGUAUCGAGUUGUUUAAUGUACUACUAUUCGUUUUAAUAACAAUUCCCAAUACAUGUACUAGACAUGUCUCAUUUCCAAAUUGCUUAAAAGGUGAGAUUAAGAGAUCCUAUUCAACACACAUAGUUACAUUCAGAUCUUCACUUCAGCUAUUCUGUUGUAAUUUCGGUAUAUAGUAUUGUGAAAAGUUUAACAUAUUUAUUCUUAUUCAAUAAAACUGAUUAUUUCAA